CGAACAUUUCGAAGCUCAAAAGGCCCUAUUCCCCGCCCUUACGACUACCCAUCUCACCGAGUUUUCGAUACUCAAGAAGAUUUGGUUAGUUCUUGCCUGGACAUGUAUGCAAAUGACUAUGAAUCGGCGAAGGAGCAGGCUUCAGUUCGUGAUGGGUUUCGUUGCAUGGUGUCAAAGUACUUCGACGCGUCAUCCUUCCACCACAGCCCCUACCCUAAACGUACGGUUCUAGUGUCGAAAGGUACGAUGGCCUCUACUCAGUAUUGUCAUAUAAUGUCCGAAGCGUCGGCGGAAGACAACAAUCUGUACGAUCCGGCCCAACGACAGAGGCAUGCGACAAGCGGAUUGACUAUUGUGAGUUCGCUUGGACUCACGGAUCUUGUCUCCAAUUUCUAUGCGGGCGGCACGACUCACGACCUUUCCAGCAUUCUGAUUCUGUGGCGCGAGUUGUAUCAAAGCUUUGAUGGGCUGGAGUUCUGA